AUGGAGCUGCGAUCAAAAAUCCCCAUGAGAGCGGGCUUUCAGGGAGGUACGCCGACCCCCCGCCAGGCCUCCCCCGUCCCCGUCCCACCCGGCCAGCCCAGGCCUGCGGCGGCUUUGGGCUCCGUCCACAACCGCUGCUCCGGCAGACCCCGGCGGAGCGGGCCCCCACCGCGGGAAGAGUCACCUCAGCCCCUGACGGCCCCGCGGACGGACCGCCCCGCCAACGGCGCCUGUCCCGUCCCGCCGGGAACUCGGACUGCCGCUCCGCCCGGCCCCGGCACAGCCGAGCCGCCUCCCCUUAUCGCGCCGGUCCCUUACCGCUGCCGACCCGGCGGCCACGACCGCACAGCAGCGGCCCGACUCCCCUCGCCAUCUCGGCCGGAACUGGAGUCUGGAUUUAGUAUGAAGGUUUCAGACAGUUGA